CUGUCAACUCCAGAAGGCAAGGCGAAGCAUCCAAUUAUGCCUACCAUCGCUCAGCAGUUCCAGAAGGCUGUUCAAUCUGACUGUCCUAUCUCUGCGCUGCUUACUUCUGCCAGGCAGCCGUUGGUUAUGUCAACAAACAGAGUCAAGGAGUCCCCCCUGUUCAGAAAUCUGCAAGCAGUGAAGGACACAAAUUCACCUUUAUGA